AUGUCUGCACCAGACGGCCAAGGAAUGCGGGCGGUUAUUCUGGUGGGCGGCUUCGGCACUCGUCUCCGUCCGUUGACGCUGACAACGCCGAAGCCCCUCGUCCCGUUCUGCAACAAGCCGAUGAUCAUUCACCAAAUCGAGGCAUUGAAGGCGGUUGGCGUUACAGAAGUGAUUCUAGCUGUGGCGUACCGGCCGGAGACGAUGAAGGCUGAGCUGGACGAGUGGUCACAGAAGCUCGGUAUUUCCUUCGUCUUCUCUGUAGAGGAGGAGCCACUCGGCACGGCCGGCCCGCUUGGUCUCGCGCGCGAUAUCCUGCUGCAGGACGACAAGCCGUUUUUUGUGCUGAACUCCGAUGUCACUUGUAGGUUUCCGCUGCAAGAGCUUCUGAGCUUUCACCAGGCGCACGGUGGGGAGGGCACCAUCAUGGUCUCGCAGGUGGAGCAGUGGGAGAAAUACGGUGUUGUCGUGUACUCGCCUCAGACCUACCAGAUUGAGCGUUUUGUGGAGAAACCGAAGAAGUUUCUUGGAGAUCGAAUCAACGCCGGCAUUUACAUCUUCAACAAGAGCAUCCUGAAGCGCAUUCCUCCCUGCCGAGCGUCCAUCGAGAAAGAGAUCUUUCCUGUGAUGGCGUCAGAGGGUCAACUCUACGCGUUCAACGUGGAGGGCUUCUGGAUGGAUAUUGGCCAGCCGAAGGACUACAUUUUGGGCAUGUCCAAGUUUAUCGAGUCCUUGGUUAGUAGUGGCUGCGAGACGGAGCAGUUGCGCACGGAGGCAAAGGAGCACCAGAAUGGUAGCCGCUUUGCUGUGGUCGGCGCUUCUCUGAUUCACCCCACCGCAAAGAUCGGCGAUGGCGCCGUCAUUGGUCCCCAUGCUUCGAUUGGCGCCAACUGCGUUAUUGGCGAGUCGUGCCGUAUCAAUAACGCUGCCAUCUUAGAUAACACCAAGGUCGGCAAGGGUACCAUUGUGGUUUGCAGCAUAGUGGGCUGGAACAGCCGAAUUGGCAGCUGGUGCCACAUCGAGGGCACGUCUGUGCUCGGCGAUGAUGUCGAGGUCAAGGAUGGCGUUGUCCUCGUUGGGGCCAAGGUGCUUCCCAACAAGGAUGUCGGCGAUCACCACUUCGAGCCUGGGAUCAUCAUGUAG